GUCAGCCGGUUCUGUGCCCAAAUCGCCACUACUGCCCGGAAGGCAGCGCCGAGCCUUUGCCCUGUCCACCUGGGCAUGUCUGCAAGGGCCAGGACCUGGAGGCCUUGGUAAACGGAACCUGGGGAGACCUGGUGCCCCUGGCUGCCGGGCACCACCACACGCUGGUUGUCUCCAACUUAGGCCAAAUCUGGGCAGCAGGCUAUAACAACGACGGCCAGCUGGGCACCGGUGGCACUGUUGAGCAACAUGCCUUUCUGCAGGUAGCAUUUGAUGGCAAGAAGUUCGUGGCCGUCGCCGCUGGAGUGUCUCACAGCGCUGCGAUCACGGACUCUGGCGAGCUGUGGACAUGGGGCCGGAAUUCUGAAGGCCAGCUUGGCAUUGGAGACACCACGAAUCGCCAUACCCCAGCGAAGGUGAGCGUGAACGGGCAGAAGAUCGUGGCCGUGGCUGCUGGAUUUUGGCACACCUCUGCCAUCACGGACUCUGGGGCAGCAAUGACAAUGGCCAGCUUGGCAUUGGUGAACGUGAACGGCCAGAAGAUUGUGGCCGUGGCUGCUGGAACUGCUUACACCGGUGCCAUCACGGACUCUGGCGAGCUGUGGACCUGGGGAAAGAAUCAUCUUGGCCAGCUUGGUGUUGGUGACACCAAGGAUCGCCAUACCCCAGACAAGGUGAGCGUGAACGGGAAGAAGAUCGUGGCCAUGGCUGCUGGAGCAUACCACACCGCUGCGAUCACGGACUCUGGCGAGCUGUGGACCUGGGGCCACAAUGCUCAUGGCCGGCUUGGCAUUGUGGGCACCAAGGAUCGCCAUGCCCCGGUCAAGAUGAGCAUGAACGGCCAGAAGAUGGUGGCCGUGGCUGCUAGAGGAUCCCACACCGCUGCGAUCACGGACUCUGGCGAGCUGUGGACCUGGGGACACAACAGCUAUGGCCAGCUUGGCGUUGGGGACACGACACAUCGCCAUUUCCCAGGCAAGGUGAGCGUGAACGGCCAGAAGAUGGUGGCCGUGGCUGCUGGAGGUGUUCAGACAGCUGCGAUCACGGACUCUGGCGUUCUGUGGACCUGGGGCGACAAUGGUCAUGGCCGGCUUGGCAUUGGGGACACGACAAAUCGCCAUUCGCCGGUAAAGGCGGCGUUGCCGGUCAAGAUCGGCGAGAUGCAUGACUCUCCGUGCUGGUCUCUCGAGGGCCGGGCGUCAAGUGUGCUUGGCGAAGCCUUCCUGGCUGCAACGUGGGGUUCUAAGAUUCCGCAGCUCCGUCGGUGCAGUGCGUUGCGUGGCCAGCUUGCCACUUUCCAGCAGGAGUGCCGCGUGCAGGUGGGCGCUUGGGAGGCAACACCGUGCCCAGCGGGCUAUUUCUGCGCAGCGGAGCGGGUCGCACCCUGCGCAGCUGGUCUGUUGGAAGAUGGAGGCGAGGGACCGAGUGAUACUCCUCAAGUAAAGGAUUUUCGAGCCUCUGGGAAUCGCGGAGCUACAGAUCUGAGGUGGUGGGACACUGCGUUGGACUUCCGUGGUACAGAAGCUCGCGGCAUUUGGCGCGGAUUAACGAUCGUCUCAGCCUUGGCUGCAGGCUCUUUUCUUUUCGGCAUCCGCAUGCGUGGGAAUAGCCAGGUGACCCAGUAUGACCAUUCUGGGCGGAAAGUUCUAAAGAUUCGCUCACCCAACAUCUCCAUCCACGAU